CCAAACAUACAACAAACACAAUAGUAUACUAGUCAAUUUUAUUAUUCUUCUGAGCACAAAAGGGAUUGCAAAUCCAAUUCUUUUUUCCCUUCAUUCUUUUUAUCAAAGAUGGCAAAAGAUUUAGUGGAUUUUUCAGUUUCUUUUGUUGCCUUUUGGCUCAUGUUAACAUUGGGAGAUUUGACUACUCAUAGUGAAGCUAGGGAGCAAGAAAGAGCAUUCUUUGUGUUUGGUGACUCUUUGGUUGAUAAUGGCAAUAAUAAUUACUUGUUGACAACUGCUAGGGCCGAUGCCCCACCUUACGGCAUUGACCACCCGUCUCAUAGGCCCACAGGCCGGUUCUCAAACGGGCUUAACAUCCCCGAUAUCAUCAGUGAACACAUGGGCUGGGAGCCCACACUCCCAUACUUGAGCCCAGAGCUUAGAGGGCCUAAACUAAGAAUUGGUGCCAACUUUGCUUCUGCUGGUGUGGGUGUGCUUAAUGACACUGGAAUUCAGUUUAGCCCAGAUGGAGACCUCAUUGAUUGUGUACACAAAAGAAGACAGCCAGCUUUAGAUCACCCGCUUUUGAAGCAUCACAAGAUUCAGAGAGUUCCAUCUGCAAUGCCGAAAUCCACGAACGAGGCAGAUGAAACGAACAGCACAAAAAGCAUAGAUGGGCUGAAAGGGGUGUGGCAAAUGUGGCAUCAAAAGGGCCAAUUAUGCCCAAAGGGCACGGUGCCCAUUAGGCGUAGCUCGGUCCACGACGUGCUCAGGGCUAAGUCGUUGUACGAUUUUGGAAAGAAACAAACGAGGCCAUUGUCCUUUCCCGGCCGUCCCAAGCCCACUAAUGAUGAUCUCAAUACCAAUAACCAUGAGGCAAUAUACGGGGCUAAAGCCUCUAUAAAUGUGUGGGACCCAUCAGUACAAGGACGAGGCGAGUUUAGCUUGUCCCAGAUUUGGCUUCUGUCCGGCUCGUUUGAUGGCACCGACCUCAACAGUGUUGAAGCUGGCUGGCAGGUUAGUCCGGAGCUGUAUGGAGACAGUAAACCCAGAUUAUUCACCUAUUGGACGUCUGAUGCAUAUCAAUCAACGGGAUGCUAUAAUCUUCUGUGCUCUGGAUUUGUGCAAACAAAUAGUCGAAUUGCAAUUGGAGCUGCUAUUUCUCCAGUCUCAUCCUUACACCAAACCCAGUAUGACAUCACCAUCCUCAUAUGGAAGGAUCCAAAGACAGAGAAUUGGUGGAUGGCCUUUGGGGACAAAACGUUAGUGGGCUACUGGCCCAACGAACUAUUUACUCACUUAUCAGAUCGGGCCACAAUGGUUGAGUGGGGCGGUGAGGUCGUAAACACUCGGCCCAACAAUAAACACACGUCCACUCAAAUGGGCUCGGGCCAUUUUGCGGAAGAUGGGUUUGGGACAGCAAGCUAUUUCCGAAACCUACAAAUAGUGGGCUCAGAUAACAGCUUGGUCACGGCCCAUGAUAUAACAACGUUGGCUGAGAAUGUAAAUUGCUAUGAUAUCCAGAGCUCAUAUAGCAGUAAAUGGGGCACAUACUUUUAUUAUGGUGGGCCUGGAAGAAACCCAAAAUGUCCGUGACACAGCAGGGAAAGACAACAAUAUGCAAAUUUGUUUUAUUAUUCUUAUUUUAUUAGGAGAUAGGAAUAGGAUUAUGUAAUUUUCAUUCAUUUUUAUUCAGCUAGAAAGUUCAAUAGUUAAUUGAUUCUACAGGAUAAGAGAACUGUAGCAAGGGCUUUAAGAAUAAGACACGAAAGAAGAGUUUCUAAGACAUCCACACAAAAAUUAACAGGCCAAUGAAGUUAUAGUACAAGUGGCCCAAUUUCCCUGUGAGAAGGUCAUGCUCAAAGAGUUUGAUUUAGUCUCCUUAUUACAGUUAAAUUGAUUUUUUAUUAGACUUACGCUUAUACAUUUUAUUAUCAGCUCCAAUGAAAAAAAUAUUUAUACAUUUAAUUACGGAACCUCAAAAUUUC